AUGUCAUCUUCACCACCACCACCACCACCAUCAACAACUACAAUACAUUCUAAAAAACCAAUACGUGAAUUAAGUUCUAUUACAAAUAAUUUAUUAAUGAAAAAAACUUUACAUGCACUUGUAAAUAAUUCUAAUAACAAUAAUAAUAAUUCACAAACUACCAUUCCACCACCAUCACCAUCAACAUCAUCAAUAAAAGAAAAUAUUCCAAAUGAUCCGAAUCUAAUUCAACAACAAAAAGCACUUAAUCUACGUUUAGCUGCUGCAUUAAAACCAGUUGAUAGAGAUAAUGUAGCAGCAUUACUUCAAUUCUAUCAAACACUAACAACUCAAAAUAAUCAAUUACAUACUAAUGUUCAAAAUAAUUCAGUAUUAAAUGAAACUACAUCUUUAAUUAAUAAUUCUAAUUUAAAUAAUUUCUCUCUUUUAAAACAACAAAAUGCUACGAAAAGAUCAACAUCAAUGUCUUAUUUAUGUCGAUUUAAACAACGAAAUCGUUUAAUUGAAAUUCCAUCAACAAGUGAAUAUUAUAAUCAACAAAAUGGAAUUGCACAUGAACAUCUCAAACAAUUAAUUAUACAAGAAUUUCAACUACCAAAAUCAACAUUAAUUAUUCAAAUUUGGAAUGAACAAUAUCAAGAAUAUAUCGAUAUUGAAUCAUAUAAAAAACUUCCUUUUGAUGGUCGAUUACAAGUUCUUAUUGAAAAAGAUGUGAAUUCAGUUGGAAAUUCACCAUCGGUGGUAUCAAAAAGUCCAUCAACACCUGUAUCUUCAAAUGCAGUCACAACUAGGACUCGUCCAAUUACUCCUAUACCAUUACAAACAACACCAAAUGAUAAUCAUCAUGAUGAUGAAUUACCGUCAAAAUAUUCAUUUGAUGAACCAAUGAAUACUGCUUCACCAAUCGAUAAUUUAAAUCAAUCUCAACAUAAUAUUAUGUAUGACUUAUUACCUAAACCAAGUGAUGGUAUACCUAUACCACGUUUUCCACCACAUAUAGCUGCAUUUCUUAAUGGUAAUGGUGAUGCUAAUCAAUUGAAUGCACUUGUUCAAGCACUCUAUCAAGAAAUUGUUAAAUAUGAACUUUAUCCAAAUGCAGAUGAAUUACGUUCAAUUGUUAGUCGUCUUGUUGAUCGACAUCCAAAUAGUUUACCUGUUAUUGGUAGUAUUGAAUUAUUAGUAAGAAAAUUAUAUUAUAAAUUUUGUAAUGAACGUAAAAAAUAUCCUGUGGAAUUAAAACGUCGUCAACCAAAUAAACGUAAAAGACUUACACGUGAAGAUGAUAUGAAUAUGAGUAAUAAUAUUCAACAAGGAAGAAAUAGUAAUACAAUUAAUGAUCUUGAUCGUCUUAUGCAUUUAUGGACGACAACAAAUGAAUAUAAAGAUUCAAUUUCAAAUGAAAAUAUUAAACAAGAACAACAUUCACCAUCAGGUUCAUCAUCUUGUUCAUCAUCACCUGUAUCAAAUCAUAUGAUGAUUGAUAAUAAUUCUGAACAAUCAGAAGGAUGUCAAAAAUACAUUCCAUUAAAUUUAUCAAUUGCUAAUAAUAAUAAUCUUAUCUGUAGUGAAUAA